CUGGACAACAGAGCUCAGCCUGCCCCCACUUCUGCGUCCAGUCAGGACACCCUCAUGCCACCCGUAGAGAAGAGGGAGCAGAUUUGAAGUCAAGUCCAGGCAUCUGAUGUUCCUAGAUAGAGCCGGACUUCGAACGCUGUGUCCUGCUACUCCUGCUGGGGCUUCUCCAGAUGUCAUGGAGCUGGGUCUGUCUCCACCUCAUCUCAGCAGCUCCCCAGAAGACCUGGCCCCCGGGACCCCUCCUGGGACUCCCCCACCUCCCGAUGUUCCUCUGUCUGGGGAGGUGAAGAGGUCCCAGCCUCUGCCCAUUCCGACCAGCAGGAAACUUCUUCGACAGGAGGAGCUGCGGUCAACCUCUCUACCCUCCAUCCCCAACCCCUUCCCCGAGCUCUGCAGUCCUCCUUCACAGACCCCCAUUCUUGGGGGGCCCUCCAGUGCAAGGGGGCUGCUCCCUCGAGACACCAGCUGCCCCCAUGUCAUAAAGGUGUACAGUGAAGAUGGGGCCUGCCGGUCAGUGGAGGUGGCAGCGGGCGCCACGGCUCGCUACGUGUGUGAGAUGCUGGUGCAGCGAUCUCAUGCCUUGAGUGACGAGAACUGGGGGCUGGUGGAGGGCCACCCCCACCUAGCACUGGAGCGGGUCUUGGAGGACCAUGAAUCGGUGGCGGAAGUGCAGGCUGCCUGGCCCAUCGGCGGAGACAGCCGCUUUCUCUUCCGGAAGAACUUUGCCAAGUACGAGCUGUUCAAGAACACCCCACACUCCCUGUUCCCAGAAAAGAUGGUCUCCAGCUGUCUGGACGCACACACGGGCAUAUCCCACGAAGACCUCAUCCAGAACUUCCUGAAUGCAGGCAGCUUCCCAGAGAUCCAGGGCUUCCUGCAGCUCCGGGGGUCAGGACGCAAGCUUUGGAAACGCUUCUUCUGCUUCCUACGCCGGUCUGGCCUCUAUUACUCCACCAAGGGCACCUCCAAGGACCCGAGGCACCUGCAGUAUGUAGCGGAUGUGAACGAGUCCAACGUGUACGUGGUGACCCAGGGCCGCAAGCUCUACGGCAUGCCCACGGACUUUGGCUUCUGUAUCAAGCCAAACAAGCUUCGAAAUGGCCACAAGGGGCUUCGCAUCUUCUGCAGUGAGGAUGAACAGAGCCGCACCUGCUGGUUAGCCGCCUUCCGCCUCUUCAAGUAUGGGGUGCAGCUGUAUAAGAAUUAUCAGCAGGCACUGUGCCGCCACCUGCGCCCACCCUGUGUGGGUUCCCCGCCCUUGAGGAGUGUCUCAGACAACACCCUGGUGGCCAUGGACUUCUCUGGCCACGCCGGGCGUGUCAUCGAGAACCCCCGGGAAGCUCUGAGUGCCGCCUUGGAGGAGGCCCAGGCCUGGAGGGUUUGUUCUGGGGACCUAUUCUCCACAUGGGUUUCCAUGGAGUGGGAAGAGGAAAGCGAGGGGAGAGGGGAGGCCCCCAGCUGCGGAAAGAGGCUCUGUAUUCUUCAGGGGCUGGUAAUACCCCAGCCACGCCCUGACCCCCCGUGUCCCUCACUUGCUCUGCAGAAGAAGACAAACCACCGACUAAGCCUGCCCACCCCGAGCUCCGGCACGAGCCUCAGUGCAGCCAUCCACUGCACCCAACCCUGGUUCCACGGACGCAUUUCCCGCGAGGAGAGCCAGCGGCUCAUCGGGCAGCAGGGCCUGGUAGACGGCGUGUUCCUCGUGCGAGAGAGCCAGCGGAACCCGCAGGGCUUUGUCCUCUCGCUGUGCCAUGUGCAGAAAGUCAAACAUUACCUCAUCAUGCCGAGCGAAGAGGAGGGGCGCCUGUACUUCAGCAUGGACGAGGGCCAGACUCGCUUCACCGACCUGCUGCAGCUUGUGGAAUUCCACCAGCUGAACCGCGGCAUCCUGCCCUGCUUGCUGCGCCACUGCUGCACCCGCGUGGCCCUCUGA